UUGUGUAACGAAGUAUUGCUAUUUAAAGUAAACUAUAGGACAAUUUGUGUCAAAUUAGCUCAGUACCUUUCGAGAGCGAUUUCAGCGUAAAAGAUCAUAUUUAACAACGAUGUUGUUGACGGUAGCCAUUGUGGUGGUACUGAUCGCUCUGAUUUGGAGAUAUACUGGACGACCCAAAGGAUUGCCUCCAGGGCCGACAUGUUACCCCAUCAUUGGGAAUAUUGGACUCGUCAAGCCGUCAGAAGCUAUACAAGCUCACAGAAAUCUCAGAAAGAAAUAUGGUGACAUCUACACGAUAAUGACCUUCCACAAACCAAUGAUUGCAGUUCAUGGUUAUGACAAUAUUCGAGAAUUACUUGUCAAACAUGGAGACAUAUUUUCAGACCGACCUCUUACGAUAGUUAAUGGAGUUUUAAACAAAGGAAAAGGUUUGUUAUGGUCAUCUGGUUCAAUGUGGAAGGAGCAGAGGACAUUUGCACUGACAACAAUGAGAAAAUUAGGAUUUGGAAAACGCUGCUUGCAAGGUCAAAUCAUGGAAGAAGUUGAUUGUCUAAUGGAAGAACUAGAGAAAUACGGAAACAAACCAUUUGACAUCCAAAACAUUUUAAAUACAUCUGUAUCAAAUGUUAUAUGUUCUCUCUUGUUUGGCAAAAGGUUUGAAUAUGAAGAUGCAAAAUUCAAACACCUGAUCAUUUUGCUAAACAAACUGCUUAGCACGAGUAGUUCGUCGUCACCUGCGUUCAUAUUUCCUAUCCUUCGCCAUUUAACGAAAUCAAGAUUUAUCAAGGUGCAAAAUAUAUUUGCUGAUAUAGAUGAAUUUACAAGUGAAAUAAUUGUAGAGCAUAAAAGAAAUUUUGACGGAAAUAACGUACGUGAUUUUAUAGAUGGUUUUCUACUGGAACAAAAACAGGCAGAAGAAAAUACAACAUUUACAGAUGACCAGCUUAAAAUCAGCGUAAGAGAAUUCUUUGCAGCGGGAACUGAAACCACGUCUACAACACUAAGAUGGGCACUCCUCUUCUUAAUUCACUUUCCGGAUUGGCAGAAGAAACUACGAGAUAAUAUUGAUGCCGUAAUCGGACAAAGUCAACCAAAGAUGGAACACAAAGAACAACUACCACUGGUUGAAGCGUUCAUUUUGGAAGUACAACGUCAUGCAAAUCUUGUGCCCCUUGCAAUUCCGCACGCGCCAAAGGAAGACUUUAACUAUAAAGGAUACUACCUUCCAAAAGGAACCUUCAUGUUUUUUGUGUUAGAUUCAGUAAUGUCGGAUCCUGAAAUCUUUCCAGAGCCUACCAAAUUCCAACCUGGGCGAUUUUUGGACAACAGAGGAAAAUGUAACGGGGAACAGAAAGAAAAGCUUAUUCCUUUUUCAACAGGGCGAAGAUUGUGCUUAGGAGAUUCGCUCGCCAAAAUGGAACUAUUUCUUUUCUUGGUCCGAUUUCUUCAAAAGUUUGAGAUAAAACCGGAAAAUCCUGAAAAUCUUCCCCCAUUGGAGGGCAAUUUAGGGUUAACCAACAUGCCUAAAUCCUUCAACAUCGUAUUGAUAAAGCGUUAACAUUUUGAAGAAAAAAAAACAAUAUAUACCAUAAAGGUGUCCACAACGAUUUUCUUAUCUGUGUUAAUCCAAAAUCGGAUUUGUAAUAAUAGAAAAUUGUAAUGGGAAUUAUCAUUAGAAAUAUUAGUUUGUUUGACUUCUGUAGCAAAAAUUAUUGGUAUACAACUAGAUUUGGAAAGCGAUAACAAACAUGCGUGGAAUAUAUUUCAAAUACAUGUAGUUAUCAAAUCUCUGUAACUCUAAGAGAGUUAUUGUAUAAAGGAAAGUUUUCGCCCCCGUUUUAUUUCCGCCAAUUUCGCCCGCGUUGUCGGUGGGUGAAUAUAGGACUUGGUAUAUUCCAAUCUCUAUUAAAACACAAAAUUCUGGGCGAAUUCAAGGCAUGGCGAAACAAGUGAUGAAAGGCUAAAAUUACAUGGGGCGGAAAAACCCUGUUUACAGAACUUUCGACUGAUUAUUCUGUUAGCAUAUCCCUCGCUGAUUAAAUAAUCAUGUAAAAAUGUUUAUCUUGUAGAAUUAUUUUCAUAGUAUUUAAAAUUGUAAAUUUUAAACCUUAUCUAUGUCUAAGUGGAAGCCAUUGAAAUUAUGUAAAAUUAUGGAAUAAUAUUUACAUUCUUAGUCUAGUAAGAUGUAAGGGACAUAGUCACGAUUUUUGUCAAAUUCUAGUUUUCUGUUUUUAUUAUUUACAAUGCUUUAAAAUGCAUUUCUAAUGAUCAAAUGAAAUUUGAGAUUCAGUCGUUGAGUUAUUAGCAAGAUAUAGCGCUUGCAAUUCUUUGUCAUGUAAACAAGGUUCGUGCCCUGUUUUUGUUUACAUAGGUUUAAUAUACCAAUAAAAAUCUUUUUCGGGCUAAUUUGACUAUGUUUUUAUUCAUUUCAAGUAUAAAUAAACAGUUUCUAACUUUUAGCACAUUCAUUUUAGGUCUAAGUCUGGAGUUUUCACUUCAAAAUUAAUUGGUUGCCUAUUAAAACUGCCCUACUGAACCAUUGUAAACAUUAAAACCGGAAAAAUAAUUUUUGACCAAAAUCGUGACCAUGCCCCUUUAAGUCGUAUGUUCAGAUGUCAAAUUCUUAUAUAUACAAUAAAGAAUAGCAAAGCUUCGUCCAUUUAUUAUCUUAUUGU